AUGGAGAGCCCGUUAUCGACACAAGAGCAGCAGCUCUGCCAGCUCCUGGCAGACCUGCCGGCCAGGUUCGGCUACCGCUACAAUGAGGAGGCCUCGAGGGAGCUCCUGACGAGCUUGUUCUGGUCGCUGAGCGGUGGCAACCCCGAAUACAUGCGCCUCCUCUUCCCCUCAGGUAAGCCGCCGGAGAGCCUGAAGCUCAGCGACGCCCAGGGGGCCGUGGAGGGCGCCGAAUACACCGAGGCGGCACGCGGGAAGCGAUGCGGCCACAUCUUCAAGCCCGGCGAGGCGUCCUACAUGUGUCGGACCUGCGGCACCGACGAGACGUGCUGCCUGUGCAGCAGAUGCUACGAAUCGACCGAUCACACCGGCCACAUGGUUCGUAUCCAGAUCUCGGUGGGCAACAGCGGCUGCUGUGACUGCGGCGACGACGAGGCGUGGAAGACUCCGCUCUUCUGCACGAUCCAUUCCGACAUGCACAAGGGCUCCGCCAAGGGCAAGGGAAAGGAGGCCGCCGGUCUACCAGAGGAGGUCGUCUCCAACCUUCAAAUGACCAUCGGCCGGGUAUUCGACUACAUCUGCGACGUCAUAUCAUGUUCGCCCGAGCAGCUCCGACAAGCCAAGACGCACGACAAGAUCGUCGAAGACGAGGUCAAAUCUCGCCUGUCCUCGAAAUACUACGGCGUCGAGGCCGAGCCGUGCAGCGACUUUACCUUGAUCUUGUGGAACGAUGAGAAGCAUACUGUCCAAGAGGUCCAGGACCAGGUGGCCAGGGCGUGCCGCAAGUCGAGUCGGUCGGCAUCCCAAAACGCCUGGGAGACAGACGCUAUCGGGCGAAGCAUCUUGACAUACUCGGACGAUAUCGCGCGGCUUUUGCAGAUGGCCAAGAUUAUGGAAGCGAUCCGCGUUACCGUGACGAUCCGGUCGGCCAGAGACACCUUUCGCGAGCAAAUGUGCGGUACUCUCGUCGAAUGGCUAAGCGACAUCUCCGGCUGCAGCGUGGGCCAUGACAACGACAUACUUAGGCAGACCGUGUGCGAGCAGGUGAUGCUCCCCUGGCGGCAAGGGAGCCUGGCAACCCACACCAUGGGCCUCAUCGACGACGAAGACGAAGACGAUCAGGACAUGGAGGCCCGAACCCCGUUUCAUGGUGUGAACGCACGCUUCAUCAUCGCCCUGCAGCGGGCUGCUGGAAAUCGGGGCGAGGUGCAGAUAGUCGGCGGGGCGGCCUUGGACAUCGACGAUGACGACGACGACGACGACGAUGACGAGGAGGACGACGACGCCGACAUGGACGAUGGCGAAGAUGACAACCAAUCCGCUACCAGCUCCGUCGCCGGCGAGGAUGAAGACGAAGAUGAGGACGUCAUGAUGGUCGACGCCAGAGGUGAUGUGGCGGACUUGGGCAUGAACUGGAGCCAGCCCGAUCAAGCACUGGAAGAAGACGAGGCCACCAUGGCAGGCUACCCGCCCCCGCCUCCUCCCCCUCCAGCUCAGGCGCAGGCGCAGGCGCCAACCCGGGAACGGGACGGUACACCGUCGGAUUCAGACACGGCAGAGCCGCUUAUUGCACCUGCGAUAUACGCCAAAGCCAACGUGGACAUCCCCAAGACCCCGGGCAAGACGGAAAAGGUCACACCCAGGCCCGGCAGAUAUUGGAUCGAGACUCCCGCUGUCUAUACACAGCGCGAGAAGGUGCCUCCGGCCGAAGAUGUCUUCCAACGAGUCCGGCUGGACUGGUUGCUGCUGUUUGAUCUGCGGAUGUGGAAGAAGGUCAGGAAUGACCUCCGAGCCCUAUACAUCUCAACCGUGGUAUCGAUCCCGGAGUUCAAACGGGUUCUGGCGCUCCGCUUUGCGAGCCUGUACACCAUCCUGGCGCAGCUUUACCUCGUCGGCGACAGAGAGCCAGACCACUCCAUCAUCAACCUUUCUCUCCAAAUGCUGACAACGCCAUCCAUUACCGCCGAGGUCGUCGAGAGGGGGAAUUUCUUGAGCAGCCUUUUGGCAAUUCUCUACACGUUUUUGACUACUCGACAAGUUGGUCAUCCUUGGGACUUGUCACCUGAUGCCGUCCUAGCCUUCGAAAGCGGCUCUGUGACGAACCGCCGCAUGUAUCACUUCUAUCAGGACCUGAAAUAUCUCUUUGGCUCGCAGCAUGUCCAGGAAAGAGUCAGGUCCGAGCCGCGGUAUCUUAUGCAGUUUUUGGACCUCGUCAAGUUGCACCAGUGUAUUGGGCCUAAUGUGCGCGCCGUGGUGGAACACGUGGAGUACGAGGCCGACUCGUGGAUCACGGCCUCUCUGGUUACGCGCCAGAUCAACCUGCAAGCCCGAAAUCUUGCCGAGGCCUUCCGAGACUGCCCAGCCGACGAUAUCCACUACCUUCAGCGCGCCAUCCGCUUCACUGCGAAGACAGUGAUACUCAAUUCCAUCGGGGCGGAGCGUGCCCGGUUCAAGCAAGGAGAGAUCAAGGACGAAGUCAAAUUCAAGACUUUGACCGACUUCGAGUUCGACACGGAAGGGGCUUCGUACGAAGUCGUCAAGUUUGUCGUGGAAAAGGACUCCAUCAGUUUCCACCACGCCCUGCACUACACGCUCUCGUGGCUCAUUGAGUGUGCGCGAUCGCUUCCCGCGUCCAACCUAAAGUCCCUGAUGAGCUUCACCUUGCAAGAGCUGCGAUCGAAGCCGAAACUGAUGGGCCGACCACAGAUCCCAAAGAAGGAUCAGGACCCGGAGGACUAUCUCAUGGCCGCAUUUGACUUCCCGCUCCGUGUGUGUGCAUGGCUGGCACAGAUCAAGGCCAACAUGUGGGUUAGAAAUGGUAUCAGCCUACGGCACCAAGCAAGCACCUAUCGCGGUGUCGGUCAGAGAGAUGUCUCGCAUCAUCGAGACAUAUUCCUCCUCCAGACCGCCAUGGUGGUUUGCAACCCUAGCAGGAUGCUUGCAUCUAUCAUCGAUCGGUUUGGCAUGGAUGGAUGGGUCAAGGGCUUGUUUGAGCUCAAGUCGGAGGCGCAAGACGACAGCCAGCACCUCGAUAUUGUCGAGGACAUGAUCCACCUGCUCAUCGUUCUCCUGAGCGACCGGACAUCCCUUAUUGCCCCGGAAGACGAGCCCAACGCAAGGAUUCUCGCCAUGAGGCGGGACAUAAUUCAUGUCUUGUGCUUCAAGCCGCUCUCGUUCAACGAGAUUUGCAACAAGCUUCCCGAGAAGUACCAAGAACAGGAAGACUUCCACAGGGUUUUGGAUGAGAUGGCCACGUUUAAGCCACCCGAAGGGGUUUCCGAUGUCGGCACGUUUGAGCUCCGUCAUGAGUUCAUCGACGACAUUGACCCGUACAUUGCGCACUACAACAAGAAUCAGCGCGAGGAAUCCGAAACGGCCUACAGAAAGAAGAUGGCCAAGAAGACCGGCAAGGCUGUGGAGGACAUCGUGUACGAACCGAAACACCGCCCAAUCCCAUCCGGCCUCUUCCAGGACCUGGGCCAGUUCACCGGCACCGGCAUCUUUGCGCAAGUCAUAUUCUAUUCCCUCUUAUAUCCGCUUGUCGCGCAGAGAUUCACCCCAACGGUACCGUUCACGAGGCUAGAGACGUUCCUUCAGGUCGUCUUGCACCUUAUCCUGAUUGCGAUCCUCGAGGACAAGACGGAUGACAGCUUUGUGGCGACAGAUGGACAGACUUCAUUUGUCCAUCUUGCCCUUACGAAGUUGGCGCGCAGCAACUUUAUGCCCGAAGCGAGCAACUCGAGAACGAUCGUGUCGCUGCUGCACCUCAUGUCUACAAAGGACGAGUUCAAAUCUGUCCACCCCAAGAUUGCGCUUGUGUUGAAGCGGCUGAAGCAAAAACGACCUCAGUCCUUCGAGGUAGCAUUCACCAGCCUGGGCGUCGCCGUGGACCGCAUCAACACUGCGUCGCCGGCAAACAACUCGGCCGAAGAAGAACGCGAGCGGCGGAAGAAGGCCGCGCUCAGUCGCCAAGCCAAGGUCAUGGCGCAAUUUCAGCAGCAGCAGAAGAGCUUCAUGGAGAACCAAGGCGGCAUCGACUGGGGCUCCGACCUUGAGGAGGACGAAGACGUCAUGGAGCAGGCAGAAGAACGCAAGCAUAGCUGGAAAUACCCGACCGGGACAUGCAUCCUGUGCCAAGAGGAAGCCGACGACCGGCGUCUGUACGGGACAUUUGCUCUUAUCAACGAAAGCCGCAUCCUCCGACAGACAAACUUUCAGGAUCCCGAUCUCGUGCGAGAGGCAUCGCAGACACCGUGCAGUCUUGACCGGUCAGCCGAGGACAUCCGGCCAUUCGGCAUCGCGCAUGAGAAUCGGAAGAUGGUGGAGAAACUGAACCCGCAGGGAGAGGUCUUCCUCGCCGAGCGACAGACCAUCGGAAAGGGCUACAAGGGUAAUUACUCUCGACCUGGUCCCGUAGCCAGCAGUUGCGGGCAUAUGAUGCACUUCCACUGUUUCGACAUGUACUACGAGGCCACCGUCAGGCGUCACAGCCACCAAAUUGCCCGGCAUCAUCCCGAAGACACGCGGCGGAACGAGUUUGUGUGUCCCCUCUGCAAGGCGUUGGGCAACACGUUCUUGCCGAUCGUCUGGAAGGGCCUGGAGGAGUCAUACCCCGGAUAUCUCCAGCCCGAGAGUGCCUUUUCUGGGUUUCUAGAGAAGCAAAUGGGCUCUGCAUAUUGGCUAGGGGGAAGCAAGGCUCGGGAGAUGGAUGACCCGGGCAUGCCUGAACUCAAGACCCCAAGCGUUCCCGGUAGUCUGGUUGAAUCGCUGGAGACGACCCAGUCUGACGCCGAAGAACCCCGGUCUUGGGCGAGAAUAUUCCCAUUUACGUCACGGUCGCAGGCACAAGCAUCGUCUGCGCCCUCGGUCAUCACCAGUGCGCCGAUGGCCAGUUCUGGCGGCACCACCGAUAAUGAGAGAGACUCGACGACAAAGGAGGCAAUGGUCAAGGACCUCAUGGUUGCGUAUCAACGCCUUCGGGACACCCUGCGGGUCAACGGUCUUCAGACAAAGCACAUCAUGGAUGCAAAACUCGACUACGGGUCUGAUCUCCACUCGAGCGACACGCUGAUACAGACGGUUGGCUUCACAAUCUCGUCCGUGGAGCUCCAGCAGCGUGGCGUGGAGGCCCAGGCAGGCAUGACGUUGCUCGAAAAGAUUCCCGAGCAGGUCUUGACUCACCUACGGAUCCUGUCAGAGACUGCAUCGUCGUAUAUGCUGGUGGGGAGCCGUUCGUAUGACGAGGACAACCUAGUCGGAAACGAGUUCCGCAAAGACUGCGAGAGGCAGCACUGCCAGCUGUUCAUGUCUCGGUACUUUGGGACAGGCUCCCCAGACUCGGCGCGGCCGAUCGACAUGUACCCGGCGCUACUUAGCAUGGACCCAUUCAUCUUCCUGGUAGAAUGCGCGUACGGCCUCGUUCCCGAUCAAAAGGUGGACAUUGCACACCUGGUCAGGCUGUGCUACCUCGCGGAGCUGGUGAAGGUGGUGUAUCACAUGGGCCGAAACGCCCCCGUGGCCAUGUGGCUCGGAGGUCUCAAGAACCGGCACACCAGGGACGCGUCCAUCAACAACUUUGCCGACUUUGGCCUCUUCGUCACCGAGCACGGAAUGACUUUCCACGCGGCCAAGGGCGCCGACGAGGUGGAUCACGGAGAGAACGUCGGCUUCCAGCAGCCAGGGGUGGACACGCUGGAAGGCUGGUACACGUUUGUGAAGAAGUAUGCGCUUACCUUCCUCCGGAAGACUGUGGUCUUCCUGUACGUCAAGUAUGGCGUAGACUUCAACAGCCACGUCUCGCCCAUUCCAGAAGCGGACGAGCUGGAUCGCCUCACAGAAGCACUCCGCGUGCCGCCAUUUGACGAGAUGUGCGCUUCCCUCACGCACAACGCGUCGGCCUUUGGAUGGCCAGACACAACGCGAGACCUGGUGUCUGGAUGGAUCAAGCACCAGGCCCUGUGCCCGCGCAAGCUCGGGGACAUGAAUGCGUCGACGGUGGUCAGCCACCCCGGCAUCUUCGAGCUGAUAGGGCUUCCGAAGACAUACGACACGCUGAUCGAGGAGGCGACGAGGCGGAAGUGCCCGACGACGGGCAAGGACCUGACGGACCCGGUGAUAUGCUUGUUUUGCGGGGAGCUGUUUUGCAGCCAGAGCACGUGCUGCCAGAAGCCGGACCUCGUUAGCGGCGAGACGACGAGGAUUGGCGGAGCGCAGCAGCACAUGCGCAAAUGCCAGCGGAACAUUGGCGUGUUCCUCAACGUGCGCAAGUGCUCGACCGUGUACCUGUUCCGGCAGUCGGGCUCGUUCGCGGCGGCACCGUACAUCGACAAGUACGGCGAGACGGACCCGCAGCUGCGACACGGGCGUCAGCUGUUCCUGAACCAGAAGCGGUACGACUCGAUGAUACGCAGCACGGUGCUGAACCACGGAGUGCCGAGCCUCAUCAGCCGCAAGCUGGAGGCGGAGAUUAACAAUGGAGGAUGGGAUACGCUGUGA